AUGCCCGGAACCCUUGCAUCCAACUACGAGAGCUGGAAGAAGCUCCAGCAGCUUUAUGAUCAGCAAAAGGAACAGAUCGUCUUGAAGGACUUGUUCGCCAAGGAUCCUCAACGAUUCGCCAAGUUCUCUCGCGAGUACACCUCAGCGGACGACGCGUCCACGACUUUCUUACUCGACUACUCCAAGAACCUCAUCAAUGAGUCCGUUCUCGCCGAGUUGUUCUCCCUUGUGCGCGAAGCCGAUGUCGAAGGUGCUCGCGACGCGAUGUUUGCAGGCGAACACAUCAAUACGAGCGAGGAUCGUGCGGUCCUUCACACUGCGCUUCGUAACUUUUCGAACAACUUUGUGAGCGAACCUGGUGCGGAUGAGGUCCCGGCCGUCCUUGCGCACAUCAAGGAGUUCACCGAGUCUGUGCGAAACGGACAAUGGACUGGGUACACUGGCAAGAAGAUCGAGGCCAUCGUCAAUAUUGGUAUCGGUGGUUCCGAUUUGGGACCUGUCAUGGUCACUGAGGCCCUGAAGCCGUAUGCGAAGCGCGAUCUCAAGGCGCACUUUGUUAGCAACAUCGAUGGUACUCACAUUGCCGAGAUUCUUCGUUUGUGCGACCCCGAGACGACGUUGUUCAUCGUUGCGAGCAAGACGUUCACUACCCAAGAAACGAUCACCAACGCUCAAACGGCCAAGUCCUGGUUCCUCAAUACCGCCAAGGACGUCAAGCACGUAGCCAAGCACUUUGUUGCCCUCAGUACCAACACCAAGGAUGUUACUGCUUUUGGUAUUGCCAAGGAGAACAUGUUCCAAUUCUGGGACUGGGUCGGUGGUCGUUACUCGCUCUGGAGUGCUAUUGGUCUCUCGAUCGCGCUCGUCAUCGGUUAUGACAACUUUGAGCAACUCUUGCGCGGUGCCGCUGGAAUGGACCAGCACUUCCGUACCACUAAGCUUGAGGACAACUUGCCGGUCAUCAUGGCUGUCAUUGGCAUUUGGUACAAUGAUUUCUAUGGAGCCCAGACCCAUGCUCUCCUUCCUUACGACCAAUACCUCUACAAUUUGCCGACUACUUCCAGCAAGGCGAUAUGGAGAGUAACGGCAAGUUCGUUACCAAGGAUGGAAACAGAGUCGAUUAUCAGACCGCCCAUCAUCUGGGGAGCAGCUGGAACCAACGGCCAGCACUCAUUCUACCAGCUUGUUCACCAGGGAACCAAGCUCAUCCCCACUGACUUCCUCGCUCCCGCUACAACCCACAACACCCUCGCCGACACCGGCAACAGCUCGCGUCACCACCGCAUCCUUCUCAGUAACUUCUUCGCCCAGCCCGAGGCUUUGGCGUUUGGAAAAUCAGAGGAGCAGGUCCGCAAGGAACUCGGCUCGGGAGCGUCCGAGGCACUCAUCAAGUCCAAGGUCUUUGAGGGUAACCGCCCCAGCAACUCGAUCAUCUUCCCUCUUCUUACCCCCUCGACACUCGGUGCUCUCAUCGCACUUUAUGAGCACAAGUUUUCGUCCAGGGUAUGGUAUGGGGCAUCAACUCCUUCGCGUGUAUGCGCAGACCAAAUGGGUGUCGAGCUCGGAAAGGUCUUGGCCAAGGCUAUCCUUGCGCAGCUGGACAAACCCGAGGACGUCACAGGCCACGACAGCUCGACGACUGGUUUGAUUCACUACUACCAGAAGUACCGCAGGGAGUAA